AGAUGGCUCCCCGUCCUUCCCCCUUCUCAGCCAACCCGAUUCACCAAACCCUAUAAACUCUCCUCCUCUUCUUCCUCUUCCCGGAGGAUCGGAGCAGGAGAAGGAGACGGUAAGACGUCGACCGAAGCCUCGUUGUGUACGGUCUCGGUCUUCGUUGCACCGCGGAAGAAGAAGGAGAAGGAGAAGAAGAAGAAGAAGAAGAAGAAGAACAAGAAGAGGGAGUGGGAGGAGGCGAUGGGCGCGAUAAAGGCCGCCGCCGGGGACGCCCUGAUCACGUUCCUGUGGAUGUUCUGCGUCUCCACCGUGGGAGUCGCCACCUCGCUCAUUACUUCCGCUCUUCAGAUCCAGGGCGUCGCCUUCUCGGUCUUCGUCACCACCACCCUCAUCUUCGCCCUCGUGUUCGUCUUCGACAUCGCCUGCAACGCCAUUGGCGGCGCAAGCUUCAACGCCGCUGGAACCGCCGGGUUCUACGCCGCAGGAUUGGGCUCCGACAACCUCAUCUCCCUGGCCGUCCGCUUCCCCGCCCAGGCGGCGGGGGCGGUGGGUGGUGUCUUGGCCAUCAUGGAAGUGAUGCCUCUACAGUACAAGCACAUGCUGACUGGGCCUUCGUUGAAGGUGGAUCUGCACACGGGGGCCAUCGCGGAGGGGGUUCUGACCUUCGUCAUCAACGUGGCCGUGCUCUGGAUCAUCGUCCGGGGUCCUCGCAGCCCGAUCGUGAAGACAUGGCUGGUCGCCUUCUGCACUGUCUCCUUAAUUAUGGUAGGCACUGCUUACACCGGACCGUCCAUGAAUCCUGCAAAUGCAUUUGGCUGGGCAUAUAUCAGCAAUCGCCAUAAUACAUGGGAGCAAUUUUAUGUCUACUGGAUAGCCCCUUUCAUUGGUGCUAUUUUUGCUGGUUGGUUUUUCAAGAUUAUCUUCCCUCGACGUGCAGAAAAGCCUAAAAAAGCAUGAGGUUAUCAGGUUCAGUUUGAAAAUUUUUAUCUUGAGAGGCUUCAGAAUGUAAUAAGUUUGUAAAACAAUACAUUUGCUGGCAAAACUCAAGUAACCAUUUGUCUCUA